CUUUGGAGUGGGUGAGAGUGUGUCCAUGGUGUGUGUGUGUUUCUCUGCAUUGGGCAUUGUGAUACCAGAGUAUCAGAUCAGACAGGGAUGGCAACAGUUUACCUAAUCCUCCUCCUGUGUGUGAUGCUGCUAGACUGCCGGCUGGUCUGGGGAGCCCCAGUGUUCCUGUCAGGCCAGGCAGCAGACAGUGUGCUGAGGAGACAGAGGCGCCACAACACAGGGGUGUUCGAGGAGCUGUUAUGGGGGAACCUGGAGAGAGAGUGUCUGGAGGAGAGGUGUGACCUGGAGGAGGCCAGGGAAGCAUUUGAGAAUGAAGAGAAGACGAUGGAGUUUUGGGCCGCUUAUGAAGAUGGGGACCAGUGUAAGUCGUCCCCCUGUCUAAACCAGGGCUCCUGUAAAGACCAGAAAGGAUCCUACUCCUGCAUCUGUCAACGAGGCUUCACUGGGACGAACUGUGAGAUAGUAACAGUUAGACAGUGUGCGGUGAAUAAUGGAGAAUGUAUGCACUUCUGCGAGAACCUGGACACCUAUGGGGCAGAGUGUAGCUGUGCAGAGGGCUACAAGCUGGCGCAGGAUCGAGUCAACUGCAAUCCUGAAGUGGAGUUUCCUUGUGGCAGAGACAGGCGGACUGUGAUCACGGACAUGUCUAGAUCAUUACUCCCCCUUAAGAAAACAAGAUCAGAUGCCAACGUCACUACAACCCCCUCCCUCACCCCAGCCAAUACCACCAAGCCCCCUGUCGGAGACCUCAACGUCAGAAUACGUAUUGUAGGUGGCGACACAGUCACCCCUGGAGAUAUCCCAUGGCAGGCUGCUCUGGUGCAGAGGCCCAGUGGUCAGGUUUUCUGUGGGGGCUCUAUCCUCAGUCAGUUGUGGGUCAUCACUGCUGCCCACUGUCUGGUGGAGGGACAGCAGGGAUCUUUUUUCGUCAGAGUGGGGGAACAUAACAUCAAUGUUAAAGAGGCCACGGAACAGGACCACGAGGUGUCGAAGCAGUACAAACAUCCACUCUACGACUCCCAGCAGAGUCUGUACAACCACGAUAUCGCCCUGCUGCGCCUGAACAACCCCAUCACAUUCUCCUCCCACGCCAGACCCAUCUGCCUGGGGCCCAAGGUCUUCACCGAGGACCUGGUGAAGGAUCAAUCCCCGGCUACAGUCAGUGGCUGGGGUCGCACACGCUUCCAGGGGGCUACGUCUCACUUACUACAGAAGGUAGAGGUGCCAUUUACAGAGAGGACGUCGUGUAAGGAUAGCAGUAGUGCCCGUAUCACCAAGUAUAUGUUCUGUGCCGGCUAUGCUCACGUGGCAAAAGACUCGUGCCAGGGGGACAGCGGGGGUCCCCAUACCAACCGUUACCAUGACACCUGGUUCCUGACAGGGAUAGUGAGCUGGGGGGAGGAGUGUGCCAAGGAUGGGAAGUAUGGGGUAUACACCAGAGUGUCGCACUACUAUAGAUGGAUACGUCACGUUAUGUCAGUGACCAAGCGCAUGCUGCAUGACGUCCUGGAUGACUAACCCCUGACCUUUGACCCUCUAAAGGCCCACGCUGGCUUUUUUUGUUCCAGGUCUUUUGGGGGUUCAGGAGAUGUGUCUGUUUUGUAUUCAAAUAGAGAGCGUCUUCUUGUAGCUGGUGAAGAUAAGCUUUACAUGAUAGAGACCUGUAUGGCGAACAGAUGCUUAUGCCUACUGAACAUUUAUUAUGCUUAUUCAGAAAACAAAAACUAUAAUUUACUGGCAAAUGGCUGUAUGCAAGCAACUAACACUGCUUUAUUGUAUUCUAAUAUAGAAAAAACAACAUUAAACUCUAAGGCGCAGAAGAAACCUGUAUUAUUUCAAUAAAUACUUUAUUUGGUCUAUAUACAAUACUGAAGCUGUAUAAAAAAGCAGCCAAUCAACAACGAUGACUGAAGAACAAUAAUAAAAACCUGAAACCUG